AUGCCGUCUUUCUACAACGCAGGCCACGGCCUGCCCACCCCUCCUCACGUCAACAGCGGUGGUCGCCUCGAUGAGCCCCAGUUCUAUCCGGUCGGCCACGCUGCUUUUCCGCCUCGCUACCAUCAGAGCGGCAACGAGUUCAUCGAGCAGUACACGCAGUCUCUCUGCUACGCCAAGCCAAACGCGAUGAACCUGCACCCUUCCUCGGCGCACCCCAUGCACCCCCGGGAUAUGCACGCUUUGGGCCAGCAGCCGAUGUACGGUCCGAUGGCAACCGCCUUGCCUCCGAUCCGCUCCAAUGUCCAGCUGCCUCCCAUGGAUAGCGCGAUUCCCCAGCAAUACCGUCGCCAGGAUAUCGCUCCGAUGCAGCAACCACAGGAACAACCCCGCAAGGAGGAGAAAGCCACUGGAGGCGUCGCCGCUCACCUCGAUUACGAGAUGGACCGCAUGUCCGACUUCGUGGCGGAAAUGACACAGGGAAUGUAUGAAUUGUACAACACCAAGAUCCACCUUUUAGAUAUUGACUUCGCGCGAAGCGUCUCCCCAGGAUCAUCCGUCCCCCCACAGUUUCGGAAAUACGUCUAUCAGAUCCUGUCUUCGACUCGCCUUCCCAGCUCAACCAUUCUUCUGGGUCUCUUUUAUCUGGCCAGCCGGAUGCGCCUUCUUUCUGAGCAGCGCGUUUUCCCAUCUGGAAGCGGCCAGACCUACCGCAUGCUGACCGUUGCUCUGCUCCUGGGCAGCAAGUUCCUGGACGACAACACGUUCCAGAACAAGUCGUGGGCGGAGGUCAGCAAUAUUCCAGUGGCUGAACUGAACAAGUUGGAGCUUGAGUGGCUUUUCGCCUUCGAGUGGAAGAUCCACGAUCGCAUCUACGAUCAGCAGGAUGGCUUCGCCUCGUGGCGUCGACACUGGGACACCUGGCGCGCCAAGGCUAGCCUUCGUGCUCACGAAUCUCGUCAAUCCCUGGCGCCUCUGGAUACCAACGUUGCCCGCCAACAGUCUAUCUCCAAGCCUCUCAUGUCCCCCGAGGGCCCCAUCCCGCCACAGUACCAGCGCAGCGCGCACAUCGAGAAUUCGUGGCUCAACCCGGCCGCGUCUGAGUACUCACCUCCUUCGGCUCCGCACAGUGGACCGAAUACCCCAGACUACUACUCGGUUGGCCCUUGGGCCUACUCGAACCCGCCUCCGCCCUACUCGCGGGCUUGGAUCCCUCCUCCGCCUCAGUACAUGCCCCAAUCGGCACCCCGGUCGCAACCCCCGUCCUACCACCACACUCCGGCUUACGGCCUGCCUUUCGCGCAGAGUCUCUGGACCGGCCACGGUUCGUCGUGCGGCUGCAUGUACUGCGCCAAGCAUCUUGAACAUUACAUGUGCAACAGCGCUUUCCCGGCGCUGCAGCCCAUUGUCGCAGGCUAG